CCGUCAAGUCGCAGUUCACUACGACGUAUUGAGGUGUGACGCCGCGUCACAACGUGACCUUUCCACAACAUUUGACAAGCAUGGCUGUUGAGUGAAGUAAAGCGAAUUUUCACAGCAGUGUGGGAAGAUGGUAGGGUGCAUUUAGUGUACAUGUGUAAGAUAACUUUUUGUAGCCGUGGAGAAACAACAAAGACGCGUUUUUCCUGUCCUGUUGGACACCAAACUUUGACAGCUUGACGGUGUUGUCUUCAGCCUUUUGACUUGAUUUUGAGUUCGGCUCAUUUGUUGUGAUGAUGCGGUUGUUUUCUAAGCCGGUUUUCUAUGAACUCUGGAAAUGUGGCCUUGUUAUGGCCUCCACCGGCCCCAAGAGGCAGGCUAUCAGACUGCUGCCCUCCACCAUCAGCGCCAGCGCCUUUUCCUGCCAUCACCGUGUGGCCAUCCUCCGCCACCUGAGGACUGGCUGCUCACUGAGGAAAGACGUCCCCCAGCCCAAACCAGAGCAACCUGAGGACACAGAAAAAAUAGACCUGGACAUAUGGAAGUCUGUGAUGAGAUCCCAGGCUGUGGCAGAUGAAAAACAAGGGGGUGAGGAAGAGGAGGAAGCACUAGAUGAUUUGCCAGAGGGAUCCACACUGGAGGCCUCCCGGGAACUGGUUGCAAUGUGGCGGCAAGCUGGGAAGACUGUGCCUGAGGAGAUGACCGAUGACGAGCUUAAGACCUUGGCAAAGCUCACCACCAAGUCCUCCAAAAGAAAGUACUUGAAGCACCUGGCCAUUAAAGAGGGCUACAAGAAGGCCCGGAAGGAGAAGCAGCAGGAGAAAAAGGCAAAGAGAGCAGCCAUGUUGGAGAAUGUCCGUGACAGUCAGGAUGAUGACGGCACAGAGAGGGGCCACAGUAUGAAAAACACCUUCCUGUUGCAGUUCUGGGGCCGGUCCCUGGACAAGCUGCUGGCCUGGAGGAGCGCCCAGGCCAUGAGGUUCGGUCAGCCGCUGGUGUUUGACAUGAGUUAUGAGCACAGCAUGUCCAGACGUGAAGUGGACAACACGGUGUCCCAGCUGAUGGAGGUGGAGGGGUGGAACCGCCGUGCCACUGACCCCUUCCACCUUCACUUCUGCAGCCUCCAGCCGGAUGGAGGCUACAAGCGGGAGCUGCUCAAACGCUACGGUGCCGAGGCCUGGGACCGGCUGCUCAUCACGGCCACAGAGCUCCACCAUGCCGAUGUGUUCCCCCGUGAUCGCCUGGUCUACCUCACCGCAGACUCCCCCAACGUCCUCCACACCUUUGACCACUCCAAGGUCUACAUCAUUGGCGCCCUCGUGGACCGCUCCAUCCAGUCAGGCUUGUCCCUUGCAAAUGCCAAGCGUCUGAAGCUGGCCACAGCCCGUUUACCACUAGAUGAGUUCCUCUGCUGGGAAACUGGGGCAAAAAACCUGACUUUGGACCAGAUGAUCCGCAUCAUGCUGACGAUCAAGGACACUGGGAAGUGGGAAGAGGCACUCAAGUUUGUGCCUGGGAGGAAGCAUGAUGGUUUCCACCCACAGCAGACUGGGAGACCGGCUACUAACCACAGCACCAGACAAAAGGGAACCACACAUCACUGGCAGAGAGAGCACCAUGAACGCCCAUUAAGACAGCCUGAAAGAAGUUUUACUGGGACAUUUAAAAAUGGAGACCGGAGUUUUUCCAACUCCUAUAAAGACUCACAGGGCCUCCCUGGCCCCAUCAGGGAGAUCGGAGAGAGAAUGGUAGUUGGCGGGAAGGCAGGGCUGACUGGUGCCAGAGAAAACAAAACAGCUGUAAGCAGGGUACGAGAAUCAUUUAAAAGCAAGGUAGAGGGGAAAAGAAGUACAGGCAAGAGCAAGUAAAUCUGGACAGAGGAGGAGUAAUGGUAACAAAAACUGACUUUGGUAUUGGGGACAUAUCUCUAUCCACACUAGAUUGUGAAGGUCUCUCCGAGGGAAUGACAAAUGCUGAGACAUUUUAAAUGAAGUGAAUAAAAUGUUGAAGUAGU